AUGCUGUACGACCAAGCCCAGUUGCUAGGUGUUUACGCUGAUGCCUUCGAUUCUACACACGACCCGGAGCUUCUGGGAGCUAUGUAUGACGUUGCGGCUUAUAUCACGAGUCCUCCAGUACUCUCGCCAACAGGUGGUUUCCAUUCAUCGGAAGAUGCGGACAGCCUGCCUACCCCGAGCGACACUGACAAGAGAGAAGGCGCCUUUUACGUAUGGACACAUAAGGAAUUCAAACAGAUUCUCGGCCAACGGGAUGCGGACGUAUGUGCCCGUCACUGGGGUGUUCUGCCAGAUGGAAACGUUGAGCGAGUAAAUGAUCCACAUGAUGAGUUCAUCAAUCAAAAUGUCCUCAACAUACAGACUACACCUGGAAAACUCGCAAAGGAGUUCGGAUUAAGUGAGGAGGAAGUUGUCAGAAUCAUCAAGGCAUCCACAGAGAAGUUACGGGAAUAUCGGGAAAGCAAACGGGUACGUCCCGCGCUGGAUGAUAAGAUUAUCGUAGCAUGGAAUGGGCUCGCCAUUGGCGCGCUGGCCAAAUGCAGUGUUGUCCUCGAUAAUGUGGAUAGAAUCAAGGCACAGGAGUUCAGGCUGGCUGCAGAAAAUGCAGCGAAGUUUAUCAGGCAGAGCCUCUUCGAUCCUGCAUCCGGUCAACUCUGGCGUAUAUACCGUGGUGAUGAGAGGGGGGAUACCCCCGGCUUCGCGGACGAUUAUGCAUAUCUCAUCUCUGGACUUAUUGAUCUCUACGAAGCGACGUUCGAUGACAGUUAUUUACAAUUCGCGGAGCAGUUGCAACCCGCAACCACAUCGCCAACAACGACCACAUCCACAUCCACAUCCAUCGACACCACAACACCCCACUCCUCUUCUGCAGGUUAUUACACCACCCCUUCGACCCUCCACCAAACCCCCACACAUCCAGCCCCUCUCUUCCGUCUCAAAGCCGGCACAGAUGCCUCGACGCCAUCACCCAACGGCGUCAUCGCUCGAAAUCUCCUCCGCCUCUCCACCCUCCUCGAAGACGACACUUACAGGCGCCUGGCACGAGACACCGUCAGCGCCUUCGCUGUGGAGAUCAUGCAGCACCCAUUCCUCUUCGUCGGGUUGCUGGAUGCCGUUGUCGGGCUGGAAGUGGGGGUUAAAGGGGUUGUGGGAGUUAUUGGGCAGAAUGACGAUGUGGGACUUGGCUCAUCGGCUAUCGAUGGAGGGGUGAUGCUGGUGUGGAAAAUGUGGAGGAAGGGUUAA